AAUAAUUAAUUAAUAAUAGCAACAAUAAAUGCAAACAAUAUUUGUGAUUUUAGUUAAUUAAAGCACAGGCGCAAAUUGAAUCCAAUUCGGCAGACGCACAGCUAAUUCAAUAAAUAGAAAAUCAACAUUAGCUUGGUCCAAGCGUCUGAGCAACGGCGUCAGCGUGGGUCACAGCCAGAGAUCGAUUGAAGCCAACUCGAGGCGGAGCAGCGGCGCCUCUGGCCACAAAAGACGCAGCUACGUUUGGCCCUUCAGGAUGCGAAUGAAGGUCGGCAAAUUCUGUCUGCAGCGCCAGGCGUCGGGCCAGAGCGAAAAGUUUCCACAGCCCAGCGAAGUAACAGAAGGUGCCUUACAGGUGUGGCGGGCGCUGCCCGAACGCAUACGACAGGAUCCCAGCCUAGCAUCGUUCCGGCAGGAGCACGAGCGUUUACAUGGCGAUGUGGAGCCCAUGCCCUCGGAUGACGUGCAGCAGGAGAUGGACCGGGAGGAGCACGAGCUGAAUGGCCAUACGGAAGACGCGCACGCAUUCACACAGAUUGGCAUCAAUGUGACGAACGAGGCGGGGCAGGUGCAUGUGCUGGACGGCAGGGACCUGGAGAACAACAACGAGGAUCAGCACGAGGAUAACGACGCCUACUGCAAAAGCAGCCUGAAAAAGUAUCUGAUUUGGUUCAAGAUAUCGGUGCUGUUGGUGGUCUGGUGCGUGUUCACGGCCUUUCUCAUGUCCAACAACGAGCACGUGGAUCAGUUGAGUCUCAUCAGUGUGCCCGGCAACAGCUCAACGCGAGUCUUUCCCAUAAGCACAGCCUCGCUGGAGCGCAUCGGGCUGGGCCUGCGCGGACCCUUCCGGCUGCAGGAGAACGAGCUGCAGCUGAACGCGAGCGUGCCGCUGCCCGUGCUGCAGGUGCAGGUGACACGCAGCUACCUGGAUGCCCAGGGCCAGGAGAUUUACACGGAGCAUGCCAGCGAGCUCUGGCAGCUGGACAUUGUGUACUUUGAGCUAAUCGAUGCCACCAAGGAUACGAAAAAGACGCACACCUUUGAGCUGCAGCCGGGCGAACCGACGUGGCUGGCCCAGGCGAACAGCACUCGGCUCAGCUUCGAGCUGACCAGCAGCAUCGAGGGCGAGCUGCCGCUCCAGCUGAAUGUGGACGAGUCGCCCAUCUAUAAGCGACAUGGUGUGCUCUAUGCCGCCGCCGUGCUGUGCGGCCUCUAUGUGAUGAUCAUCUGGGAGAUUGUGAAUCGCACCUUUGCCGCGAUCAUUGCCUCAACGCUAUCCGUGGGCAUAUUGGCCGCGCUCAACUCUCGACCCUCCAUGGCCACCAUCAUGGGCUGGAUUGAUGUGGAGACCCUGCUGCUGCUCUUCGGCAUGAUGAUUCUGGUGGCCAUACUCUCCGAGACGGGCGUGUUUGACUAUCUGGCCGUGUAUGCGUAUAAGAUAACCAACGGACAUGUCUGGCCGCUUAUCAAUUGCCUGUGCCUGUUCACUGCGGUGCUCUCCUCAUUUCUGGACAACGUGACAACGGUGCUACUGAUGACCCCGGUUACGAUACGCCUGUGCGAAGUCAUGUCCCUCAAUCCGGUGCCCAUACUGAUGUGCAUGGUCAUCUACUCGAACAUCGGUGGCGCUCUGACGCCCGUCGGUGAUCCGCCCAAUGUGAUCAUUGCCUCCAAUAGCUACAUAUCCAAGAAUGGCGUUAACUUUGCUGUCUUCACGCUGCACAUGCUGCCCGGCGUCCUUCUGGUCAUGGUCCAAACAUACAUACAACUACGCUUUAAGUUCCGCAACAUCAGCGAUCUGCAGUUCAAGGACUCGGCCGAGGUCGAGGAGCUGCGCCAUGAGAUACACGUGUGGAAGCGUGCAGCUGCCAGCCUUUCGGCCUACUCCAAGGACGAGGAGCUGGUGCGUCAGACCCUAAUGAAGAAAGUCAAUCGCCUUAAACGAAGCCUCAAGAAACGCAUGACAGCUGUGAUUGAACCGGCGCCCAACUACGAACAAACCCUGGCCAAUCUGCAGGCAAAGUAUCCGGUUCGCAACAAGCAGCUGCUGGUCAAGUGCACCGCCGCAUUGAUCUUUGUGAUCAGCUUAUUCUUUUUGCAUUCGGUGCCGGAACUGCAGCGUCUCUCCCUGGGCUGGACGGCCCUAUUGGGCGCCAUAUUCCUAAUAAUAUUGGCAGACAUUGAGGAUCUGGAGGCGAUAUUGGCGCGUGUCGAAUGGUCCACAUUGCUGUUCUUUGCCGCGCUCUUUAUACUAAUGGAAGCGCUGACAGAGCUGGGCCUGAUCGAAUGGAUCGGCAAUAUGACGGAGGGCAUUAUAUUGGGCGUGGGCGAGGAUCGACGUUUGAUGGUGGCCAUAUUGAUAAUACUCUGGGUAUCUGCUGUGGCAUCCGCUUUCGUGGACAAUAUUCCGCUGACCACGAUGAUGGUCAAGAUCACAAUUUCCCUGGCGCAGAAUAGCACCUUGAACCUGCCGCUGCAGCCAUUGGUCUGGGCACUCGCCUUGGGCGCCUGUCUGGGCGGCAAUGGCACAUUGAUUGGCGCCUCGGCGAAUGUGGUUUGUGCUGGAGUUGCCGAGCAACAUGGCUAUAAAUUCACAUUUCUCGAGUUUUUCAAAGUUGGUUUUCCCAUAAUGAUUGGCAGCAUAAUUGUGACAACGGGCUAUUUAUUGGUCUCGCAUUCGUUGUUCGCGUGGCAUUGAUAAAAGCCC